CAUUAAGCGGAGCAGACCAAAAUCCCAAACAAGGAAAUGGUGGGGGAAUAAAACGAGCAGAUUAUUUAAUUAAUGCAUGUAAUAAUUAAUAUUUUAUUUUAUUGUAAAUUAAGACGUAUUUAUGGGUUAAAAUGGAUUACGACUUCAAAACAAAGCUGGCGGCCGAGAGAGAGAGAGUAGAAGAUCUGUUCGAAUAUGAAGGUUGCAAAGUGGGUCGAGGCACCUACGGGCACGUUUAUAAAGCUAAACGCAAAGACGGGAAAGAUGAGAAGGAGUAUGCACUGAAACAAAUAGAAGGCACUGGAAUAUCGAUGUCUGCCUGCAGGGAAAUUGCUCUCCUACGAGAACUGAAACAUCCAAAUGUGAUCGCCCUGCAGAAAGUGUUCUUGUCCCACAGCGACAGAAAGGUCUGGCUCCUUUUCGACUAUGCUGAACAUGAUCUUUGGCACAUCAUCAAGUUCCACCGCGCCUCCAAGGCCAACAAGAAGCCCAUGCAGCUGCCCCGAGGGAUGGUGAAGUCUCUCCUUUAUCAGAUUCUGGAUGGGAUCCAUUACCUCCAUGCCAACUGGGUGCUCCACAGGGACCUGAAACCAGCGAACAUCCUGGUGAUGGGGGAAGGCCUUGAACGAGGAAGAGUUAAAAUCGCUGACAUGGGUUUCGCCAGACUAUUCAACUCUCCCCUCAAGCCACUGGCGGACCUCGAUCCUGUAGUCGUGACUUUCUGGUACAGGGCCCCUGAGCUUCUGCUGGGGGCCCGGCACUACACCAAAGCUAUUGACAUUUGGGCAAUUGGCUGCAUCUUUGCGGAGCUGCUAACGUCGGAGCCCAUCUUUCACUGUCGCCAAGAAGACAUCAAGACCAGUAACCCCUUUCAUCAUGACCAGCUGGACAGGAUAUUUAGCGUCAUGGGUUUCCCUGCAGAUAAGGACUGGGAAGACAUUCGGAAAAUGCCAGAGUACCCCACACUACAGAAGGACUUCAGGAGGACAACGUACGCCAACAGCAGCUUAAUCAAAUACAUGGAGAAGCAUAAAGUCAAACCAGACAGCAAAGUAUUCCUGUUGCUUCAGAAACUCCUCACCAUGGACCCCACCAAAAGAAUCACAUCAGAGCAGGCACUGCAGGACCCAUACUUCCUGGAGGACCCACUACCAACCACUGAUGUGUUUGCUGGGUGUCAGAUACCCUACCCAAAACGAGAGUUUCUCAAUGAGGACGAGCCAGAGGAGAAAACAGAGAAGAACCAGACCCAGCAGCACCAGCAGACGACAGGCCAGAAUCAGGCCCAGAACCAGCAGCAGACCACAGCCCAGCAGGCGCCCUCCCAACAGAGCUCGGCCCAAACAAAUGGGACCGGCGGAGCCACAGGGGCAACCACUGGUGGGGGUUUACAACACGGCCAGGACCAGGGGCCGCCCAACAAGAAGCCUCGGAUCGGGCCCUCCUCAGGCACAGGGCUGUUACAGUCAGAGUACCAGCACUCCGGCUCCCGCCUUGGUUACCAGAGCAACGUCCAAGGUUCCACCCAACCCCAGAGCACCAUGGGAUACUCAUCAUCAUCCCAGCAGAGCUCCCAGUACACCCACCAAACACACCGUUACUGAGGCUCCCAGACACUCGUAAACCAGCAGAGGAGUCUGUUCCUCCUCCUUCAGACAACCCUCAACAACCUCAGCAGACGUCAGCCGACGCCCUCGGCUCUCACUUCCUUGUCGGACCUCGCUCUGUGCAUUACAUCAUUCCAAGUCAGCCAACCUCCUUUCCAACCCUCCCCUGUCUCUGACCUCUUACCCGACAGCCUUCAGCAGCACUUAUACAUGAAGGCAAACAAACAUAGGAACCAAAAAAUGUAAGGAGAAGUUCUGCCUCAUCAGGCUGGUGAACUAUUUGUAACUCAACUGAAAGUAAUGUAAGAUAGAUGUGAAGGCAUCACACACAGAGACUCAGAACCAUGGCACUUACAAACACAAUGCUCCUCACGAGGAAGAACUGCAGAUGUGUUCAUAUAUAUAUAUAUAUAUAUAUAUAUAUGUACAUUAUCUAGCACCUUUUUUUAUUCGUUUUUUUUUCUCGCUUGUUUGCUAGAGUUUUCAAGUUUACCUUGAUAGUUGAUGUCAUUGUACAUAUUGUUACAUAUGGAAACUAUCAGAUGAAAUGAACACGAGAGGAGAGGGCCUUUCAUCCUGUCAUCUCUAGUGUACUAUUACCUUGGAUAAUCAAAAGAAAGGCUAAGCCUGUCCUUUUAAGAAGGAGUCAAUGUUUCUACACAGAGAAUAAUCAGCUCUUUAGCUGAUGCUAUUGCAGGGAAAUAAUAAAUGCGCAAUUUCACUUAAUCUUAUUAUAGUAUUUCUGUAUUUAGAAUUCUCUCUAUCUAGAUCUGGAUUUGGAAAGUAAGAUUAGUACACAGCUCUGUAUAUUCUGACUUACUACAUCCACUACAUGUAGAGAUAAGAAUCAUCCGACAGCCAGGCUUUAUGUCCUCUGACCGCCACAGCGGUUUCAGGGGGUUGGACACCGUUUGUCUAUGGUCAGCAGAGCUGUUGAUGGACACUUUGUUGUGACACCCAUCUUAUCAUGGACCCUAAAGACUCCCAAGGUUUGUGAACACGAAUGUGCACAUAAACGUACAGGGCAGCUAACAGUACAGCCCCCUAUAUGCUUCUUGAGACUGUUACUGCCUGAUGUCAGAUUGUUUUUUUUAAAGGUUCUGUUGUCAUUAUCAUUGUUGCCCCGUGUGUGUGUGUGUCUGUGUGCGCACACGGCAGUAUGUUUUUUUUAUGUUGUUUAUCAUGUUACCUACUAGAACUGCACUGACUGCUGAACCAAUCCGCAAAACGCUGGAACAAAUGUGGGGGGAGUUUAGUCUCCUUUUCCACUCUGACCCUCUGGCCGAGCACGGAGCAGACGUUUCACAGAGACUGGGCACAUUUAAAGACAGUGGGUGCAUUUUUUAAUACAAGCCAGAGGUCAUCAAUGUGCGCUGCCCCUACAGCAAGAAUUCUUAUCUAGUUUGUCCUUUUUUAUCAUAAUCACAAAACCACCAGCAGCCAGCUAGCUUAUCAUAAAGACUGAUAAAAUGGGAAACAGCUAGCCUGGCUUUGUCUGAAGGAGACAAGAUCCACCUGCGAGUGCUUCUAGAGCUGAUAUACACUUGGUAUUGUGUUUGUUUAAUCUGUACAGAAAAAGUGUCAAAACUGGAAGACAUUACUUUGCCAAUAAAUAGGCAGGAAUAUAACGUGUACAGUGGCAAAUUUGGCAAAAUAUCCCAUCCUUAUACUACUUGUAGUUCCUUUUCAUGCUACUUUUUACGUCUACUCCAAUACAUUUCAAAUAUUCUUUGCUCCACUUUAUUUAAUUCAGAGCUUCAGAAGCUAGAACUAAAACAUUCAAGUUUUUUUCUUUUUAAAUCAAGUUUUAUCUUUCAGAAGUUCAGACACAGGUUCAAAUAGUAUGACGGCAUUUACAGUAGAGAAAAAUGAAAGUAAGGGUUUUAGGACGCAGCUAUAGUCAGAAUUGUAUUUUGAAGAUUGAGGAACUGUUAGAGACUGAACUAUGGGAAGUACUUCAAAUGAGCUGCACCACAACUAUAGUAAAAUGCUACAGAGAUUAUCAUACACCACUAUAAAUACUCAUUCAGUAUAUUCUAUAUAUUACACUAUGAAAUGGGCCACAAAGUACAUUUGGUUAUUAACACAUAUUUACUUUUACAUAUUUACUUUUAUUUUUACAUAUGUGUCAUUCCCCCGCAUCAUAUUUGCUUCACACUAUUGAUUCCCCACAGUGUGCUCCAUCCUCACUGGCCCUGCCCAGUCACAUGACCGGCCACAGGGCAGGUUGUAUUAAAGAACGCACCCAGUGACUCAACUGUUUCUGCUCCUGCAAUGUGCUCCAGCAGGACAGACGUGGAGACUGCAGGAGUUGGAGGGAGGGGGUGGCUGUGUUUGUCAGACGUGUCGCUUGCAGUGGGAAACACUGACACUCUGUGGCUGAAGAGAGAACUGGCCCUCUGUCGUUGGUUAAACUGUAAAUGUACAACCAGAGUAAAGCAGUCUUCAUCAGAAAACGCAGUUUUAGUAUCAAACUGAUGUUAUUGUUGUGACCAGAAUUCCAUUAUUUUUUACAGAUGUAAAAAAGCCGCCUGCCUCGCUCUCAGUCAGACAGUGGUUAUUUUUAUUGGAUGUCAUCAUCUUAAAAUAUCUCAACAUGGCUUUUUGUUCCAUGCAUUGAUGAGUGUGACUCCUCCGCUCCUCUACACUGUGUCGUUCAGGUGGAUCAAUUACUGUCCAUGUCACAGGUCAGAGUCUCUUCCAUCCAAACUCUGUCAGUUCUGUAAAAUGACAGACAUCUAGUUCUUUCACUUUUGGCAAAAAACAAUCUGAGAUCAAUACUGAUGAACUUCAAGGAUUUAGGUCCAAUCGUUUUACUUUGUUCUGAACAACACAUUUGAAGAACUCACUUAAGUGCUUGGUGGACUAACAACCUUUGCAGAACAGAUACUUUGGGUUUUUAAGUUGCAUUCAUUUCCUGUUUUUCACAAGUGUAACGAGGGCAGUGUAACGAGGACCAAGCCUCCUUAUAGAGAGCCAAAGUCCGGCUCCAGGUUCGACUCUGAUCCUGCAGCUUGUUAUUUCUAAAAUAUGUAGUGGUGAUCCUGGGUUCACUAUCAUUAUUAUAAGAUAAAAGAGCACUUGUUAUUAGAGGAGGAACCUCGCAUGAAAAUGCACCAGAAUGGAUACUUGCAUCAUAACUUGUUUAAAUGUCUACUAUGUAGGCAGCUUCACUCUGGCUCUCUAUAAAGUUGAUACGUAUUUGCAAACAGUUCCUUCUCUGGCCACCUGAACACAACCCUUCUUUUAGCUCUGGUUUGGUCUCCCCUGCUUCUUUAGCUGCCACUUUUUUGCCUAUGGCUGUAAAUUAAGGUGACGAGAGUGGCAGGCUUCAAAACCAAAACGAUGGGCUAAAAGGGGCUAACAUGCCCAACAGAGUGCAGCGUCAGUUGAUCAUUUUCUGUGGGUCCUUCACUGUCAUGGCACCUUUCACAUUACACAAAGUAAUGUCAUCCAUUGUCAGUGUAAAAAUAUCUAUUAGUGCAGCUUUAAGGACAAACUCCAGGUAAUGAAAUGUACGUGUAAACUUAUUGUUUCAUUGUUUCCACUCCUGUGUUGCGACAGUCUGGCAGACACACCCAGGUGAACACGCCCCGUUGACUCACAUUUGAUGGGGAUUCAAACCAGCAGCUAUCCGAAGGUUUUCUCCUCCCUUUAGUGUGUUUGUUUGAAGUCACUCAGUGAGGAUACAUUCAGACACUUAGUUGUAAAGGUUCUCUAUCCACUCAAACAAGGGGUCACAAGUAUUAUUGAGCACACGGCUCUGUCGGACAAAUUACUGCCAAACAACUCCUAUGCAAAAAUCUAAGUAAAUCCCAGUGUAAAGCUUUCACCUGUGCUUAGGUUUUGGCAGUUGACAGGUUUUGUUAUAUUUUGAUGGGUGUAUUCAUUUCUUGUGUAAUACUGCAUUUAGUAGUUCAAGACAACACUCACUUAUGUCCUUUUUUUCACAGCAUUUUCAAAUAUUCUCUAAAUGAACCAUUGUAAAAUAUAUAUAUGAAAAAUAUACAAUCAUAUUUAUUAUUUCCAUUCAUCUUUGUAAAAUACCCAUUUUUUUUAAUGUCCUCUGCCUUAACUCUAGUAGCUAUAGAAAGGGACCUCUGUCAGACAAACCGGACAUCACCAGACCUUAUUUCUUUUUAUUGCAUGUCUCUAUGGUCACAUGAAAGCAUGUCUCCUUACUGAAUGUGUUGAUGCUUCCUCGAUGUACAGUAGGAUGAAGGUCACGUUGUUUUGGAUCAGCUUCUUGUGCUCUGUUUCAUGCACAUAUUCCACAGAAUCACCAUUUCUACAGGAAUGAUAAUUAUCCACGUUUUUAUUUGUGUGGAUGGUGCCUUUUUCACCCAUUUACCUUCUUAAGAAUUUUUGUUUUUGUAAGCGUGUGUGUAUAUAUUUUUGUAAUUUCACAUCUCCUUUGUUCGCUCUUUGGGUUUUUACUAUGUAGCAUAUUGUUAUUUACACAAUGUGGAUGCUUGCAGAUAUAUCUGUGUUUUGUUUCACAUCAUCGUGUCCCACCUCUGAAGACUGCAAACAAUCCUGACGGAGGAUUAUCUCUUGUUCUCUCUGAUAGAUAUCGUCCUCACACAUGACUUAAGCGCAGUUAUUCAUAUGUUUUUGAGAUGCUGUACAUAAAAACACAUUUUAAGAAUUUUUUCAUUGAGAUAUUGAUACAAGAAUUGUCUUUUAAUGCACUGUCGUUGCUCAAAUAUUUAGUGGUAAAAUAAAAAAUAUAUAUUUAA